GAUUCUGUGGUCAUUUCUCUAUCAAAAUAUCAAUGGUUGAUGUGUUAUUGUAUUGUUUACAGUUUGGAUUAGAAAAUUAUUAAAUUUUAAGACUGUGUGUACUGCGAGACACCUAAAAAUAAUCGAACUUCAUACUCCAUGAACAUACACAAUGUCUGAAUCUUAUGAAUACUUAUUCAAGUUUUUGGUCAUUGGGAGUGCUGGGACUGGGAAAUCUAGUCUGCUAAAUAAUUUUAUUGGAAAUAAAUUCAAAGAAGAUAGAUGUCACACAAUUGGGGUUGAGUUUGGUUCAAAAAUUGUAAACAUAGGUGGAAAAUCUACUAAACUACAGAUAUGGGACACUGCUGGUCAAGAGAGAUUUCGCUCCGUUACCCGCUCCUAUUAUCGUGGAGCCGCAGGUGCUCUGCUUGUGUAUGACAUCACUUCUCGGGACUCAUUCAAUGCACUCUCGAAUUGGCUUAGAGAUGCCAGAACACUUGCAAGCCCUAACAUAGUAAUACUACUUGUUGGAAACAAAAAGGACAUGGAGGAAUCAAGAGAAGUCACUUUUACAGAAGCUAGUCAAUUCGCCCAAGAAAAUGAAUUGAUGUUUCUUGAAACCAGUGCUAAAACAGGUGAAAAUGUAGAAGAAGCUUUCUUGAAAUGUUCCAAAACAAUUUUGGCUAAAAUUGAAACAGGUGAAUUAGAUCCCGAGCGAAUAGGUUCAGGCAUUCAAUAUGGGACUGGGACCUCUAAAAGGCUUAGCGCGCCCAAGAAACCUGCAAGAAGUCCAUCCGAUUGUGCUUGUCAUGUAUAACAUUAUUUCUUGGAUACAUAGAAUGCAUGAUCUGCUGGCAGAUGAUGACUAAAUCUAUA